AUGUCUUCCUCCGACGCAAACCUCGACACCAAUGCGCCUCAAACAAACAAUAACGCCUCCUCUCGCACGUACGAGGAAUCCCCCCUUACCCAGCGACUUGCCAAACAUGCCACUAGUCUCUACACCCUCUCGUACCUCGUCUUCUUCUCCAUAUUUGGCACAUUGGCGCGUCUCGGCCUCCAGGCCCUCACCGUCUAUCCCAGCGUCCCUGUCUUAACGGGAGUUCUCUGGGCCAAUGUGGGUGGAUGUCUCCUGAUGGGCUUCUUCUUAGAAGACCAGAAUAUCUUCCGCGAAGAAUGGGGCUCCCAUGACACCUCCGCCAACCACUCAGGGGGGGCGACUGAAAAGGCCAAGCGACACAAGUCCGUCAAGAAGUCCAUCCCGCUGUAUAUUGGCCUCACCACCGGCUUCUGUGGCUCCUUUACCUCUUUCUCCUCGUUCAUCCGGGAUAUUUUUCUCGCCCUCUCCAAUGACCUGCCCAAUCCAUCCAACCCUACCGUCUCGCGCAAUGGCGGAUACAGCUUCAUGGCCCUCGUCGCCGUCAUCCUGGUGACCGUCUCUCUCAGCCUAAGCGCUCUCAUAUUCGGUGCGCAUCUCGCCCUCGCUCUCGACCCCGUCGUCCCUACGCUACCGUUCCGCUUCAUCCGCCGAUUUCUAGACCCCCUUUUCGUUAUUCUCGGUUGGGGAUGCUGGCUGAGCGCUGUUUUCCUAGCCAUCUGGCCGCCCGAUCGGCACAAUCCCCCGCCAGAGGUCUGGCGCGGACGUGCCGUCUUCGCCAUCGUCUUUGCCCCCUUGGGCUGUUUCCUGCGCUACUACGUUUCCUUAGCCCUGAAUGCUCGAAUUCCUGCUUUUCCCCUGGGUACGUUUACCGUCAAUAUUGUUGGCACCAUCGUUCUCGCCAUGUGCUUUGACUUGCAGCGCGUCGACGGCUUGGGUUCUGCGCUCGCAUCGAGCGCGGGCUCCUCUGCUAUCCUCACCAGCUGUCAGGUACUUCAGGGCGUCAUGGACGGUUUCUGUGGCUGCGCCACCACCGUAAGUACCUGGGUCGCGGAGCUGAAUGGACUCAGCCGUCGUCGGCAGGCCUAUGUUUACGGCAUUAGUAGCAUCGCAGUGGCUCUGGCGUUUGUUAUCGUCAUCGUAGGUUCCUUACGAUGGACCCUUGGCUUCGUGGAACCCAUGUGUGCAUGA